ACUCAGAACAGCGCGCGCGCGACUGGAAGAAGCGGCCCGAGAGAAGCCCCGCUUUAUAAAGAGCUAAAAUUACGCGACGUCGACGUUGUUUCCUGGGCGGCUUACAGGACUUUUAUAAAGAGUCCGCGACGGUGGGGGUGGAAACUCACUGCACUGAGAACACUUGUUGCGUGGCGGUGGAGUAAUCGAGUAAUCCAGGCGCACGGAUUGCGCGCACCGUUUUUUGGAUUUAGUUGUUGAAACUAAACGACAAGACAAACAUGGCUUUAUCGGGAGUGAUGUUACCUUCCAUUGCCACGUUCUCGAAUCAAAGCUGGGAAAACAGAUGGAAAUCGGAGAAUGACAACAAGCUCCCCACCGGCAGCUGCUCCAUGCUGGAGAUGGUGCACGGCGUGGACAACCUGUUCCCCAAGAAGGACGACGAGGAUCUGAGCAACUACUUAGAUCUGGAUUUUAUCCUUGACGGAGCUUCGGCCUACGUGGCCCCGGCCGACACCGGCGCGUACACAGCGACGGACGCCGCCGCGCAAGCCUUCCUGGCGGGCGAUCAUCGUUCCCCGCCGCCUCCGUACGGCGUCAGCCUCAUGACCGAGCUACUGCGCUCCGACGCCGGCUACGGAAUGACGCGCAAUCCCCAACAGGCGGGACAGGGCAGGUUUUACGCCCAGCACUUCCCACGACAGGACAUUAAAGUCGAGCCCACCAUGGACAAUUUCGGCCCCGUACUGGGCAUUGUUCCGCAAAACUGCAGCAAAAUCAAACAGGAGGGCAACGUUUCGUGCAUGAUGCCCUUUGAGCAGCCGCGCUUGGCCAUCUCCCCGCGGGCUGCCAGUAGCAGUAUGACGCCGCCGCUCAGCCCGGACGAGCAGGUGGCGGCCACGGACUUGUGCGCGCCCAUGAGCUGCUUCGCCGGGCACCAUAACAAGUACCACCACAACAACGCCUCCUUCCAGCAACAGCAGCGGCAACAACAACACAUGCACAUGGCCUACCACGGCGCACACCACCCGGCGUUCAGCGUCUACGACGAUGCCUUAGGGCUGCAGCAGCCGCCACCAGGCGCGCAAAGAGCGAUGCUCACGCCGCCCUCCUCGCCGCUAGAGCUGCUCGAGUCCAAACCGAAGCGCGGGCGCCGCACCUGGCCACGCAAGCGAACAGCCACGCACACCUGCACCUUCGCUGGAUGCGGGAAGACGUACACCAAGAGCUCUCACCUGAAGGCUCACCUGCGGACACACACGGGUGAGAAACCCUACCACUGCAGUUGGGAAGGAUGCGGAUGGAAGUUUGCCCGCUCUGAUGAAUUAACACGCCAUUUCCGCAAACACACCGGACACAGGCCCUUCCAGUGUCACCUGUGCGAGCGUGCCUUCUCCAGGUCUGAUCACCUAGCGCUGCACAUGAAGAGGCACAUGUGAAGGAGCCUCGACAAGACAACAAGAGACUUAUUGUGAUUUAAUUUAAAAUGUUCUCCAAAUGACCAAAGCUCGCCUCCCCUUAGAUCUAUAUAAGUAUAUUAUUUUCCAAUCAUGUAGCUGGUACUACUUUGGUAUGAGAGCAGACCAAUAAGGGGCUGGCCCUUGUACAGUGUAUACUUCAACUGGAAUGUGUUUGACACAAAAAGUGCCUUUCUAUGACUCUGCUACUGUUUAAACACACAACUCAUGGUGACACAACUACCACCACUUAGUAGACAAUCUUGUUGACAGGAGUGAAAUGCACAUACAGUGUAUUGACAAUGUUUUUCUCCUAAGAAAACUGCCUCCACAGUUGAACUGAACAGCUAACCUAAUGCUGUUUUCUCCUUUUCUGAAUGCAGCCCCUUCUGUACACUAUCAGGGCUUGACGUCCUGUGCAUUAUUUUCUACUUAAAGUUAUAUAAAUGUACAUGGAUUUUAUACUGUCAAAUGUGUAUUUAUUGUAAAUAUUAAAACAAUGAA